AUCCAUCGAUCACUCUCCAAAAGACCCGCAUUCCAUUCUUUUCAACCAAAGAUUUGAAAUUUUGAGUCAAUGCCUUCGCAGCAAAUACAAUAUUCAGAGAAAUAUUACGACGAUACAUAUGAGUAUAGGCACGUUAUUCUACCCCCAGAUAUAGCAAAACUACUCCCAAAAAACAGGCUGUUGUCGGAAGCAGAAUGGCGUGGUCUCGGAGUUCAACAAUCAAGAGGCUGGGUGCACUAUGCAAUCCAUCGUCCGGAGCCAAAUAUAUUACUUUUCAGAAGACCUAAGCAAACAGACACACAACAGACGCAAAACAACAUAGUUAGUAAGCAACAGCAGAGCCAAGAGCAGAGACCGGUGGACGUUCUCCCAUAAAACUAAAUAACAAAGUGCCACUCAACUGGAAAUCUCUUGUCGUUAUCUUAGUGGAUUCUUUCUUGGUUAAUGAGUUGCAAUAAAACAAAAGUUGCUUAGAUGGAGUAGGAAUAGAUAAAUGUGUGUAACUUGUU